UUCAGCCGUUCUGUAGUUUGAUUCAAAUCCAUGGACACAACAGAGCUCGUCAGAGAGAUAAGCUGGGUCACAUUCUAGAGGAGUUUGCCACCCUUCAGGAUGAGUGUAACUGGAGCCCAGAUCACAGGAUUCAAUAGCUGUAACAGUACAAGUCUUAACCUACAAUCAGUGGAGCAAAGCAAGUGUCAAAAGGCAGAAAAAGUAGAUGCAGCACUUCAUAGUAUGUUACUGAAGCAGGAACCACAAAGACAGCAUUUGGCAUGCUUGGGCACCUGGGUCUUAUAUCAUAACCUCCGUAUUAUGAUACAAUAUCUUCUGAGUGGGUUUGAGUUGGAACUUUACAGUAUGCAUGAAUAUUACUAUAUAUAUUGGUACCUAUCAGAGUUCCUCUAUGCUUGGUUGAUGUCAACGCUGAGCCGUGCUGACAGCUCUCAAAUGGCAGAAGAGAGAAUAAUGGAAGAACAACAGAAAGGCCGUAGUAGCAAGAAAACCAAGAAAAAGAAAAAAGUUCGCCCUCUGAGCAGAGAGAUCACUAUGAGCCAAGCGUACCAAAAUAUGUGUGCUGGGAUGUACAAGACAAUGAUUGCAUUUGACAUGGAUGGCAAAGUAAGAAAACCAAAGUUUGAAUUAGAUAGUGAACAAGUGCGGUAUGAGCACAGGUUUGCUCCAUUUAACAGUGUUAUAACACCACCCCCAGUGCACUACCUGCAGUUUAAAGAAAUGUCUGAUUUAAAUAAGUACAGCCCCCCUCCUCAAUCAGCAGAUCUCUACAUGGCAGCUAGCAAACACUUCCAGCAAGCUAAAAUGAUUCUUGAGAAUAUUCCUAAUCCAGACCAUGAGGUCAGUCGAAUUCUAAAAGUUGCUAAACCCAAUAUUGUAGUCAUGAAGCUUCUGGCGGGGGGCCACAAAAAAGACUCUAAGGUUCCUCCAGAAUUUGACUUCUCUCCUCAUAAAUAUUUUCCAGUUGUGAAGCUUGUUUGAAAGAUGAGACUUUGUUAGGAUACCUGAAGCAAAAUCAGGUACCAGCAGUAGGAUUGAAUAUCUAGUAAUGUACCAGCUGAGUGGGAUUUCUGGGAUAAAAGUGCUGAUUUAUGGAAUAUCUUUAGCCUGCCUUCUUUAAAUGAACUGAAUGACAACUGCUGUUUUAAAGUGGUGUUUUAUAAUGUUACACAGGUGAAGCUGAUUUUAAUCAACUGUACUGUUGAAAAAUGUUGUACCUUCUUUGAUUUAAAUAAAGACUUAAUCAAAAAUUA